UUCCCUCCUUCCUCCCUUCUUUCUUUCCUUCCCAGUGGCGCUAGAAGGCUGCGUUGCGCACAGAAAGGAGAGCAAACCAAGCAGAGAAGGAGCAUCUUCCCUGGACUGGAGCUGCCCUGGAUCUAGGGUUUCAACCGCCCUGGGGAUUAUCUCUUGGCCAACUCCAGCGAUAGCGUUGUGCGCCUCUUUCAGGUGACUGAAUCGGCACCAUAAAAUGUCUUGCACCCUCGAUUUGGAGAAAGGGUGCACUGUUGAUGAACUUCUCCAUGGCUGUAUUGAAGGCUUUGACGAUGAAGGCAAAGUUCGAGACCCCCAGUUGGUUCGCAUGUUUCUUAUGAUGCACCCCUGGUACAUCCCUUCUUCGGAGCUGGCAGCCAAGUUGCUGCAGAUUUACCAGGAAUCGGACGGGUCAGAAAACAGUUCCCUCCAGAUCAAAACAUGCCACUUGGUCAGAUAUUGGAUCUCGGCGUUCCCAGCAGAAUUCGAUCUCAACCCCGAAUUGGCCGAGCAGAUCAAGGAACUGAAGGAACUCCUGGGCCGGGAAGGGCACGAACGUCACAGCAGCCUCAUUGACAUAGAGAGCGUUCUGGCCAAUGCCAUCUCCUUUUUGCACGCCUCCCCGCGAAAACGCUCCCCUCUUCUGUGCCCACGUAGACCGACCUACAAGUGGAAGAGGCAGGUCACGCAACGUCAGCCAGUGGCGCAGAAGAAGCGCAAGACGUCCCUACUUUUCGACCACCUGGAGUCCGGGGAGCUGGCCGAACACUUGACUCACCUGGAGUACCAUUCCUUCAGCAAGAUUCUGUUCCAGGACUACCACAGUUUUGUCACGCACGGGUGCACCGUGGACAACCCCAUCCUGGAGCGGUUCAUCACCCUCUUCAACAGCGUCUCCCAAUGGGUGCAGCUGAUGGUGCUGAGCAAGCCCACGGCGCAGCAAAGGGCCCAGGUCAUCACCCGGUUCGUCAUGGUGGCCCAGAGGUUGCUCCAGCUGCAGAACUUCAACACGUUGAUGGCCGUUGUCGGCGGUCUCGGCCACAGCUCCAUCUCCCGCCUUAAGGAGACCCACAGUUUCGUGAGCCCAGAGACCACCAAGGUGUGGGAGUCUCUCCUCGAAUUGCUCAGCUCAGCCGGGAACUACAGCCGCUACCGGCGGCGCUUCGCCGAGUGCGUGGGCUUCAAGUUCCCCAUCUUAGGGGUCCACCUGAAGGACUUGGUGGCCGUCCAUGUGGCUCUUCCGGACUGGCUGGACCGGGCCCAUACCUGUCUCAAUGGGAACAAGAUGCAGCAGCUCUUCAUCAUCCUGAGCGAGCUGGCCAUGGUGCAAAGCAUCCGUCCGCCCUUCGAGGCCAACCCCGACCUCCUCAACCUGCUCAUGGUCUCCCUGGAUCAGUACCAGACCGAAGAGGAGAUCUACCAGCUCUCCCUUCAACGGGAACCCCGCAACAAAUCCACGCCUUCCAGCCCCACAUCGUCCACCCCGCCUCCGCAGCCUGUGAUGAUGGAAGAGUGGGCAUCGGUGCCCAAACCGAAGCCGGACCAGGCGGUGGUGCGCAAACACAUUGAAAAGAUGGUGGAGUCCGUCUUCCGAAACUUUGACGUGGAUGGCGAUGGACACAUUUCGCAGGAAGAGUUCAACAUCAUCCGGAAUAACUUCCCGUACCUCUGCAAAUUCGGAGACCUGGACGAGAACCAGGAUGGCUGCAUCAGUCGCGAGGAGAUGAUCUCCUAUUUCAUGAAGUCCAGCACGGAGCUCAACGGCAAGAUGGGCUUCAUCCACAGCUUCCAUGAAACCACGUUCUUGCGCCCUGUCGCUUGUCGCCACUGCAAGGGUCUGAUCCUCGGACUCUACAAGCAAGGCCUCAAAUGUCGAGCCUGCGGGGUGAGCUGCCACAAGCAGUGCAAGGACCUCCUUUCCGUCGAGUGCCGCAAGCGCACCAAGAGCGUCAGCCUUGAUGGGCCUGCCAGUCUUCCUGCCCGCUCCUUCAGCUUCUCCUUGCCACGUCCGGGGAGGACCUCUCUCAAGCACACAGAAAUCCAGGAGGAAGACACGCAGGCGGUGGAAGACGGGGUCUUUGACGUCCACCUAUGAGGUUGAUCCCGAGGAAUCAGAACCGUCUCCUCCCUUCUCUGCCGCCACCAACCCGCCGGAAGACCCCUCAACCGUGUUCCAGUGACCUCACUGCCCUUCCAAAGGAAUGCGUAUUUUUCAGGGGGCUUCGGAGCCGGGGAUGGCUGAGCAACGCAGACAGAUAAGACCCCCGAGACGACUGAGGAGGGAACCUUUUGUCUGCUCCGGAACACCUUUCUCCUGACCCCUGAUCUUCCAAGGGCUGUUUCGUGGCAAAUGUUUCCCUCGGUGGGGCCAGACGACCCACCCCAGCCCCAUUGCAAGUGUCCCCCAAUAUGUAUAUUUGUACCAGGAACUGGAUUCAACUGUGUAAUAAUAAUAAUAAUAAUAAUAAUAAUAAUAAUAAUAAUAU